GAUUCAUGGAUAAACAUGAGAUCAAAUGAUCCUGAAGCUUGGAAUGAUCUGACUUGUCUGCUGCAGGAGAAGUUAUGGAAGAUGUUAAAAGAUGCAGUACAAAGUAAGCCCAAUAUCGAUGUCGUAAAACUUCAUAAAUCGGAGGGUGUUGUCCUAAGGAAUUCAAAAUAUCGUCAAAAGACUAGGAGCUUUCGUAUCAAGGAGUACUUUUACGGGAUUGCAAACGAUCUGGCACCACAUUCAAAUGUAGUCAACUUCAGUGACGUUUCUGUUUUCAGAAUUGGUAGUGGACAUCAAGCUCCACGGUCAGCUUUACCAAUUGGUGCAGAGCCUGUGGCAGAUCCUACUCGGCUUGUUGCUGUCAACAUCAGCACUGAUAUGGUCCACACAGUGCUUGCUGUUUCUUAUGCGAAGGAACCUGAUGAAAUAAUUUCGAGCAACGUUGCGGGAUUCAUCCAUGUCACAGAUGUUGACAUCCAAAGGAAGAAGCUGACGUACAUCGCGCCUUGCCCAGGAGACCUGCCAAGCAGGCUGUUAAUCGCUAGCUCCCUGACAUGGUACGAGCAGGCUUGACCCCGUUCAAGGUUGAACAUUGUAGGUAGGUAACCAGAUGGCUUAUGACAUGUUGUAACGCCGAAAUGGAUACUCUGAACACUGUGCCGGUAAAGCUGAAUGGGUUCGACGAUAUCUCAGGCAUCCUGCUGCGAAGCUUUCUGCUGACUUGCUUAUGUUUUUCUAUGCUGCUGUGGCGGCGAAGAUACAAAUAGUUAGAUCAAUGAAAGGUUGGUGUGCUCUUUUGUACGCUGUUGGGAACUACUGUAAGAUAUAGAAGAUGAGUCCUUUGGCCUCUUCUCAACUGUA